AUGACUUCCACUGCACUGCCCGCGGAGGGAAUCCUUCGUCGUCUGGCGACGGCCGACUCGACACCUACCUCCUCUGCCAACAUCUCACCUCUCGAUAGUCCGAGAUCCUCGCCUUCCUCGACCUCGUUGUCCUCUCUUGCCUCAGAAGACGCUCCCACCCAUCCUCCUAAGCAGAGCUCUGAAAAGAAGCAGCUGCUCGAUACCUAUGGCAAUCCCUUCGAAGUGCCCGACUUCACCAUUAGCGACAUACACAAUGCCAUCCCAAAGCAUUGCUUCCAAAGAUCUGCUGUCACCGGUCUGUACUAUGUUGCUCGAGACAUCACCUCUCUCGCCAUCACCUUCUAUCUCUUCAACCGCUUUGUGACCUCUGAGAACGUUCCGUAUACCCCGUUAAGAGCUGGUUUGUGGUUUGUGUACACUGUUAUACAAGGCCUGUUCGGAACCGGGCUGUGGGUGCUAGCUCAUGAGUGCGGACAUCAGUCAUUCUCAACCAGUAAAACCCUGAACGAUACAGUUGGCUACUUCUGCCACACUGCGCUUUUGGUGCCGUAUUUCUCUUGGAAGAUCUCUCAUGGCAAGCAUCACAAAGCCACUGGUCACAUGGAGCGAGACAUGGUCUUUGUCCCAGCGACCAAGGAGCAAUACCUCAGUCGAAGAGGAAAGCUGCUACAUCAGCUCGAUGAGUUGACUGAAGAGACGCCAAUUGCAACUGCAUACCACUUAAUCAGCCAACAACUCUUUGGUUGGCCCAUGUAUUUGUUCACCAACGUCACCGGCCAUAACAAACACGAAGUCCAACGUGAGGGCCGUGGAAUUGGCAAGCACAAUGGAUUCGGUGGUGGAGUCAACCACUUCGACCCUGCCAGCCCAUUGUAUGAGGCCAAAGAUGCCAAGCUGAUUUUCCUGAGUGACCUGGGUCUUCUCGCGGUCGGAAGCAUCCUUUUCUUGGUCGGCAGGACUUAUGGUCUCUCGAAUCUGUUUGUCUGGUAUAUUGCUCCAUACUUGUGGAUCAAUCAUUGGUUAGUCGCGAUUACUUUCCUGCAACACACGGACCCUUCUCUUCCCCAUUAUACUCCUCAAAUGUGGACAUAUACCCGCGGAGCCGCAGCCACAAUUGAUCGAGAAUUUGGGUUUGUUGGGCGCCAACUGUUCCAUGGUAUCAUCGAAACCCAUGUCCUUCACCACUAUGUCAGUACCAUCCCAUUUUACAACGCUGAUGAGGCCAGCGAAGCCAUCAAGAAGGUGAUGGGCCGUCAUUAUCGAAGUGAUACCAAGGAGGGGUCUCUGGGGUUUUUGAAGAGCUUGUGGAAAUCCAUGAGAUGGUGUGGCUGGGUUGAGCCCAUGGAAGGCGCCACUGGAGAUGACGCAGGCGUGCUGUUCUUUCGCAAUAGAAACGGGUUGGGAGUGUCGCCUGCCAAAACAGCGAAAACAGCUGCAUCGUGA